UCACAUUCGGUUUUUAGCAACGUUGGUGAUUGGGUGGGCUCCGGGAAUGACCGCGGGUUUUAGGAACGUUGGUGGGCUCGAGGGGUUCUUGUGAUUGCGUGGGUUUGGGUGAUUUUAGGUGUACCGGUGGGUUUGGGGUGGGUUUAGGUAUUUUGAUGGUUUUAUGGUGGGCGGCUGUUUGAGGGGUUAUUUUAUUGUGCUUGUAUCAUUUUAAGUAUUUUGGUAGGUUUUUAUCGACUACGAUGGCUUUCAUCGAUGGGUCUUAGCGAUUCUGAUAAUCCUAAGUGAGGAUAGUGGAUUUCAAGGUGGUUUUGGGGAUUUCAGAGGGUUCCAGGGACUCCCGUAAUCUUUAAGGAUUUGCGUGGCUCUUAACAAUUAUGGUAGUUUUUAACAAUUUUGGUAAUUUUAGACAGUUCAGUAGGUUAGAGGGGCUUUGGUGGCGUUUCCAGAUUUUAGUGGGGUUUUUUUAAGUGAUGAUGGUGGCCCCACUGCUCUCAGUGGCCACAAUGCCAGCGCUGCCCUGCUUGCUCCCACCCCACCACCGGCACUCAGAUGAAGGUUUUAAAGCUCUUUCAGCAUUUCUCUGGUUUUGGUUUCUGAGCUGCCAUAUUCAUGUCUGCGUGUGCUGCCAGGAGACACUGUUCCCCUACAUCAGAGACAACGUGGAGCAGUACCUGCGUGCGCACUGGGAGGAGGAGGAGUGCCAGCGGGAUGUGGGGCUCCUGAGGCAGCAGGCCCAGGAGGACUCGGGCCUGGACGGAGCAGUGCCGAUCCCAUUGGAAAGCGGCAGUGGGGAUGAGGAGCUGGAGCGCGUCAUCCGGGCAGUAGUGGACAACGUGCACUGGCAGAUGGCUCUGGACAGGAAGACCACGGCGCUGAAGCAGCUGCAGGGACACAUGUGGAGAGCGGCCUAUGCCACGGGGCUGGUGAAGGGAGAAGUCUUUGAGGACGUGGUUCCAGCCAUCCGGAAGUGGAGGGAAGCUGGGAUGAAGGUCUACAUCUAUUCUUCGGGCAGUGUUGAAGCCCAGAAGCUUCUGUUUGGAUACUCUACAGAAGGCGAUAUUCUAGAGCUCUUUGAUGGCCACUUUGACACCAAAAUAGGUCCCAAGGUAGAAAGCGAGAGCUACCGAAGGAUUGCUGCAAGUAUAGGAUGUGACACUAACAACAUUCUCUUCCUGACUGAUGUCCCUCGAGAAGCAAACGCAGCCGAGGAAGCGGACACUCACGUGGCUGUGGUCAUCAGACCUGGUAACGCAGGACUGACAGAUGAUGAGAAAUCAUACUACAGCCUCAUCUCAUCUUUCACUGAACUUUUCCUGCCUUCCUCCACUUAAGGAAAGUGAUGCACACACAGAAGGCUGUGCUUCACCUGAGUCGUCCUUGUGUAACUUCAAGUAAUUUUGUCCAUGACCAGAAUGUAAAACCAAACCCACGUCAUGUAUUGGACCCACAGCCAAUGCAGGUAUGGAUGGAGAGUAUGGUGUGGGGUUCCCAAUGCAGUACAUUACAGCUGCCACAGACAGCUAGUCCUUGCUGCAGGCAAGCUGUAUAUACAGAGAAUGACUUAAAUCUUGGCUACACCUACAGCAGGUCCUAGGUACAAAACAGUAUGACUUGUGUGCUGACACUGCUUACAGUGACACUGUCAGCCCACGAGAAUGAAGUAGAGCAUACAGUAAGAAUUAAGUUCUUUAAAAAUUGAAUUCUGGACCCACCUCAUGUUGCUGCCAGGUGAUGUGAGUCUGCGGGAUCCAACAGGCUGACACCACAGCCAGCUUGGCUGCAUUUCUGCCCAAAACUACCAUAGCUCCUCAGUAGCCAGCUAUUGCUGGUCAGUUGUGAGCAGACCUUGCCAAACAUCCUGCUGCAUUGAAUGAGAGUUAAACCAGAGAUCUUUUCACCCGCCUUACUUUAACCAUGCCAAUUUAUAGCAACAGUCAUGGAGCUUUUCCUUCUAUAGUCAAUAAAGCCACAGCUUUGUUUACAUCAUGUUCACUGUAUUUAGCUUUGCUGCCUGUCACCAGUGAUCCCAGCACCUAAAGGAAAAAUCUAUUUAAAAAUACAAACAAACAAAAAAAACACAGUUUUUUUUCCCUGCUUUUGCCCUCCCUGUCCAUUCUUUAGGACAGACAAGCCUGUCUUGCUGAGGAAGCAGCAUCAUGUCCCUGUCUGUCUCAUGAUUUGACGAGGGACUUGGUGGAAGCCAGGAGGCUGAAUCAAGCAAUAACAGUGGUGGUCUGACACAGUCGCUGGCACUCAGCUCAAGAGUAUCACCCACUACUUACUAAUUGCUGUGCAGCUGUGCUUGAACUUGCCCCUCACAGCUCUGGUAAUGAAACGGCCACAACAGAUUGCCAGCACACACGCUGCCUUCCUGAGCUCUGGUGCACAUCUUCAGCUCUCCUGUUGAAGUAGCUACAUAGAGAAAAAAGCACCUGAGGAGGUAAACACGUCAUGCCAGCACUGCCCUUCUAAAACUUGAUGGCAGCUGUGAGGCAGCUAAUGUGAAUGCCUUUCCAGGCUGUGUAGAGCAUGAUCCACCUCCGAGAAAGAGCCUGCUAAUUAGCACUGCUACAGUCUGUACCUGCAUGGCUGAAUGAUCCCCAGCUUCAUUAAGUGUUAAUUUGUAUCAUGAUAGUGUAAAUAUUUUCUGUUCUGUGUUUGCCCUCAUAAAGCUGUGCAUGGGAUAGGGGACAAAAAUAAAACUCACUUUCUCCAUAAAAGCACUUUA